GUAGUGAUUUUACAGAUACUCCGAAGUUUUCUGAAAAAUUCUGGGAUUUUGUGCUCAUCUGAUUAAUGUUUAAUUACUAGUUAUAAUAAUUUCUCAAAAUGUUUAACGACGCAGUGAGAAAAACUUCAAAAACUUCGGAAGCCACCGAGGUUGACGUCAGGGAAGAUGAAGAACAGGGUGUUAAGUUUCAAGAAAUUAUUGAUCUUCUCAUCGCAGCUGGUUAUUUUCGAGCCAGGAUUAAAGGUUUAUCCAAUUUUGACAAGGUCGUAGGAGGAUUAACAUGGUGCAUAGAAACAUGCAAUUUCGAUGUCGAUGUGGAUUUACUCUUUCGUGAAAAUUUAACAAUUGGACAGAAAAUAGCUUUGACGGAAAAAAUUGUUGCCGUUUUACCGAAGAUGAAUUGCCCUCAUCGAAUUGAACCUCACCAAAUUCAAGGACUGGAUUGCAUUCAUAUAUUUCCAGUUGUACAAUGGCUCGUAAAACGUUCGAUGAAGACCCGAGAAGAAAUGGCUGGAUUCGUGAGAUCCUUUUCCGUUGGACAGUUCGAUAAAAGUCAUUCAUUCGCCGAGGACAAAAAAGAUCAGGCUGCUGGAAAGAUAGAAAACAUGAUUCCCAAUAUCAUACUUGUGCAGAAAGCUUAUGCAAAUUGCCGUCCAGUGGAUGAUAAGUCAACAGUUCGAAGUACUCUUUUGGAAUAUGGUGCAGCCUCCCACAUUUUUACAGAUUCUGCUGAUGGGAAUGACGAAAAUCGAGAUCAGGAGAUGGACAUUGUGGAUCAUGCUCAAACAGAAGAAAUCUCAAAAGUAACUGAUUGUUACGCUGAAUUGAUUAUUUCCGAAGACAAUGCAUCAUUUAGGGCAAUAGCAGCAUUAGAGAAACAGAAGUCGUCUCUGGAAAAUAAAGCCCAGAAGCUAAGAAAGGAAAGAGAUUCCAUGGCGAUGAAACUUUUAGAUGCAAGUGAAAGGUUGAAAAAAAUUCGAACGGGUAGAGAAACAGUUGAGGAAUCCUUUAAAAAAAUGAAGGAAAUGGAAACCGAUGAGAAUAGGGAUACUCUUCGUAAACUGGAAGAACUUCUUUCGGUGCACGAGGGUCUGAAAGAUCAGGAGAGUAAAUUCCGGGACCAGUGUAGAAUGGAUUUGAACCUUUUAAGAAAUGCAGUUUCGGAAGUUGAAAAAGGAGAACCUCCGGAAGAGGAAAACCAAGUUAUUGAAUAUGAAGAUCAGAGGGAAAAGGUUAAUAAAUUAAGACUGCAAUUAGCCAAGAAAAAUAGAGUUAUAGCUUCACUUGCAAGGCAACUUGACGAUGUACCAGGAAGAUCAGAAUUGACACAAUAUCAACGCAGAUUUAUGGAAUUGUACAAUCAAGUUUCUGCAAAACACAAGGAGACCAAGCAAUAUUAUACACUUUACAAUUCGCUCGAUGACACCAAACUUUAUUUGAGCAAAGAACUCUCCUUAUUGAACUCCAUUCAGGAUAAUUAUAACGAAGCAAUGGCAUCUGCAAGUGGAAAAGAACAAUUCUUGAAACAAUUUGAAGCAAUUGUCGAGGGUGUAAAGCAAACCAAAAUCAAGGUUGAAAAACGCUGUGGAGAUGAAAAGUCUAAGAGGGAUGCACUUAGUCGACAACUCGUUACUUUGGUGGAACAACAAAGAAAAUAUGUUGCGGCUGUUAGGCAACUUACAAUAGAGUGCCGUAAAAAUGAAGCACUAUUGGCUCAGCUCCGUGGCCCAUAAACAUUUAUACAGAAAAAAAUAUCAGAAUAAUAAAAUA